AUGCGGUCUUCUAUCUUUCUGUCGCUCGCUCCCUUGGCCGCUGCCGCACCAUGGAAUAGUUGGUCGCCGCCGGCAUCGUCGUCGCCGGACUUUGCCAACGUCACCAUCUUUGUGGCACCGGAGGACUGGCCUCAACGGAGCACCAGCUAUGCCCGAGUGGUCUUGUUGAACCAGGACUGCGAGACCGACAACGUCCUCCUAAGUACAUUCACGUUGACCCCGCCGGAGGGCCGGUACUAUCCGGUCUUCGCCUCCCAUGAUCUCGGUGAGACGUGGACGCAAAUCUCGCAGAUUGAGUUCGGGCCGGAGACCGGCAAGGACUUUAGCGCUGGGAGAUUGGCCCAACCAGACUUCUUGGAGUUGCCGAUCGAUAUCGGUGAUUAUCCGGCAGGUACGGUUCUGUUCACAGGCAUGGGCCAGCCCACCGAUGGGACAUCCACCAACAUCUACGUUUAUGCCUCUCGAGACAAAGGAUAUACAUGGGAAUACGUCUCGCAGGUCGCUCAGGGCGGACCCGCCAACACCACGAACGGCGCCACCCCGAUCUGGGAACCCUUCUUGAUCAUGUCCCCGGUCUCCCACAACCCUCCGUGGAUCAUGGACGCGUACUCGGACCAGCGGGAUCCAGCCCACGGCCAGAAACUGGCACACCAGUCCUCUCCAGAUCUGCUCACCUGGGGACCGGUCAUCAACGAUGCCGCGGAAGCAAACUAUACUAUGCGGCCGGGUAUGACGACCAUGGCCAAAAUGGGCAACGGGCAAUACAUUUUCACGUACGAGCUGGGCUUCUCCAUCGACGGGCUGCCCACCAACUCGCCGUACGCGGUGCACUACCGGAUCUCGUCAGACCCAGAAGACUUUGGGUCGGCGGAGGAACACCUCCUCAAGUCGUCGGACGGCAAGAUCCCCAGCUCGUCGCCGUACGUGGUGUGGACGCCGAUCGGCCCCACGGGCAAGGGCACGCUCGUGGUCAGCGACGGGUCGUACGCCCAGAUCUUCAUGAACACCGAGUACGGCGACCCGAACGCGUGGUUCACCGUGGACGCGGGCCACGGCGUCGGCUACAGUCGCAGUCUGACCGUGCUGCCGGACCAGAGCAAGGUGCUGCUCGUGAACGGGGGCAUGUACAACACGAGCGUCACCGUCGUGUCGGCCGGCAUCAUUGACGUGCCUGGCACGUUUGCGCCCGGGUUUGGACCCGUCGGCAGCGGCAAGGACAGCGUGAGCAGUUGCAACGGUGUGGGAUUCUGGAAUAACUGGGCGUGA